AUUGAUAAAAAAAAAUCUGAAUUCUGAACACUAAAAACACCAGCGAAAAGCAAUGAUAUCACCGAACACUGAACAGUUGAAAUGACUCAAGUCCGUUAGUUCCGAGAUCAUUAAAUCGUGAUUUAUGCGGCCAUGGGAAGAAUUAUUUGCGAUUUAAUAAUCCGGUGAUCAUUGAUCGUUCCAAUGCUACAAAGGAGUCCAAUCGAUAACAAUGUAUAAGGCGAACUUACACGACUUGUUUCCAUCAAAAUGGAGCGGUGUAAUAUUCCUCAUGUAUAUGUUUCUCUUCAUUUGCCAAGGAUUACUGGUAACCUCGUCUCAGGAAUCAAAUAACAGCUAUCACUAUAACACUGUGGUUGUGGUGUUACUCACUGAAAUGAUGAAGCUGAUAAUUUCUAUGGUCAUUUAUACAUCGAGGAAUGGGUCAUUUUCGAUUUUCAAUCAAGCUAUUGUACAUAUCAAACUCCUAUGGUUAUAUUUUAUUCCAUCUCUGCUGUAUUGUUUCUACAAUAAUUUAUCUUUCGUUAAUUUGCUCAACUACGAUCCAUCUACUUACUCCAUACUACUUCAGCUACGAGUGGUCAUUACAGGAAUUUUAUUUCAAAUGCUUUUCAAAAAAAUUCUCACAAAGACUCAGUGGAUAUCGUUAAUAUUAUUAACUUUCGGAUGCAUGAUGAAGAACAUUGAUCUCGAUUUUCACGACAGCGUUGUUCUUCCUUCAGCCAUCGCCAGUGAUCCAUCAUCGAUGGGUAAAAAAGAUGGAAUGGGGUUGAAUUCUGGAACUAUUUUCAUACUGAUACAAGUCCUUUGCUCUUGUUUGGCCGGUGUCUAUAUUGAAUUUUUACUCAAGAGAGAAGGAUUACACGUUGAUAUUUUCGUUCAAAAUACGUUUCUUUACGUCGACUCGAUCGUUUGUAAUUUAUUGGUUUUGCUGUGGCAAUGGGACGUGACGGUAUUUUCUCAACAGUCUUUUCAACAUAUUUUUAAUCUAAAGGUACUACUCGUAAUAUUGAACAACGCUGCCGUGGGAAUCGUUGCAAGUUUCUUCUUAAAAUACCUAAAUUCUAUACUGAAAACGGUGGCAUCGGCUUUAGAAUUGGUAUUCAUCGCUAUUCUGACCUGGAUCAUUUUCGACGUACCGAUCAAAAGCAACGCCGCUGUAUCGAUAAUCGUUAUAAUCCUUUCUAUUAUUUUAUACUCGAAGAACCCGGUACAGAAUCCAGCACCCAGUGAACCGAAACAUAAGGAAAAUUACACCGAUGUUUGAAUAUAUUCGGAACAAUUUCGUUACCAGUUCGAACAAAGAUGCGAAUCUCACGUCGACGGGAGAAGUCGAGACAACUAGUCAUGAAUUUCAUUAUCUUGACCAAAAAUCGAUCAUCUAUUCAGUUAAGUAAUUCUUAAGCACAUUGGGAGACAUAUGUAUAAUAAUAUUACGUGGCGUAGAAACAUUAUGUGUAAUGCUGUGAUCUUGAUUGUGUUUCAAUUUUUUUUUUAAAUACUUUUUCAAGUUUUAAGUAGUGUGAUUUUUCUAAAUGCAAAAAUGCUUUAUUUUGUAGGGUUCGUUUACCUUGAAUUUGUUUCGUUACACGAGUUACACGUUUGAUUUGAUUUUUAUAUCGUUUAAGUUUAUUAUUUCCAGUAUUAAUAAUAAUGUUUAUCACGUU